AUGAGCGCGGAUCUAGAGCGCGCUUCCCCCAACGCAUCGGUGAACUCCAGCGGCUUAGGGGGCCGUGCGCUCUCGGCAAAUGUGCGGAGGCUCCAUAACAGCCUCAACCUGCUGCUCAGUGACCUGGAGAGAGAGCAGUUCAUCCACUGUCUAAAUGUUUACCACGCCAAACGCAACGUCUUCGACUUGGUCCAAACUCUGAAGGUGAUUCUGAACUCGCCCGGGAAGCGGCAGCUGCUGCCCAUGCUGCGCCUGGUCAUCCCGAGGUCCGACCAGCUCCUCUUUGACCAGUACACCUCCGAGGGGCUCUACCUGAACACAGACCUCCUUCCCAGUAACGGCAGCGCGGAAAGCUUUGGGGACGAAGGCGAUUUGACUCUGCAAGCCUAUGUGAGCUCACUCUGCAAGCUCACAGCGGGCUGUCCGGAACCCACGGCGUCCAUGGCCCCGCUGUUCUCUGAGGGCCUCUUUGGAGAGGUGCGCCAAGUUACCCUGACGCGCUCCAGGAGCCACGAGGGUCUGGGCUUCAGCAUCCGCGGGGGGGCGGAGCACGGCGUGGGGAUCUACGUGUCCCUGGUGGAGCCGGGCUCCUCGGCCGAGAGAGAAGGACUGAGGGUUGGAGACCAGAUAGUAGCAGCCAACGACUCUGUGUUUGACGCCGUCACUCACACGGAGGCGGUGAAGGUGCUGAAGGGAUGCAAGAAGUUGACCAUGUCAGUGUGUUCAAUGGGGGGCAUCCCAGGAGGGUACAUGACCAACCAAGUGUACAGCUGGGUGGACCCUCAGGGCCGGAGUGUGUCUCCACCACCUGAUAGCCUGGAGGCCCACCCAAGGCAAGGACAUGGCAUGGAGGACAGGACGGUCAACCUUAACAUGGACGAUGGUCGUUCUCUGGGUCUGAUGAUACGAGGAGGGGCUGAGUACGGACUGGGAAUCUACAUCACAGGAGUGGACCCUGGAUCUGCUGCACAUGCUGGUGAACUCAAGGUGGGAGACCAAAUCCUGGAGGUGAACGGUCAGAGCUUUGUCACCAUCUCCCAUGAUGAGGCAGUGAACAUCCUCAAGUCGGGGCACCAGCUGCUGCUGAAAGUGCGGGAUGUGGGCCGUCUGCCUCAUGCACGCAUCGUUGUAGACGGGAGCAGAUGGAGCUGCGGUCAGAUCAUAGCUGAGACCAAUGCAACGGCUGCCAUAAACUCUGCCUCAAAUCCCAGCGUUGGUGCUGGGGUUCAUUCAGGCAAUGCUGCCAGUGGCCACACUACAAGACCAUCUUCUGCCAGAGCUACACCUGUAUUUGGGAAGCCUGCAGGGUACAGAGGGGUUAGCCCACCUGGUGCUCAGGUGUCUCUGGAGCAACAGGCCUACAUGCUAUUGACAGAACAGGAGAGGCAGACCAUGGCCUACUAUCUGCUGGAGUAUCAGCAAGGACACAUUCAUGUGGAACCACUGACCAUGGCUCUGUCUGAGCUCUUCAACACCCAUGCAAAGCUGUCCAUGCUGUCUGAAGUCAGGAGUUUAGUAGCUCCUCAGGAUCUGGAGGUGUACGACAACCUAGUGUUGCACCGUCAAAGAGAGGCUCAUCAAGCCUGGCAAGGAGGCCACAGAGUGCUACAUCCACCAGGCCACUGUGACCAUACAGGUCCUGCCCUGCAUGAUGCAGGACAAACCAACCGUCCAGCAGCUGAGGCUUCCAGCAGCAGCUGUGUGGAGAAAAACCAAGAGAAGAACACAAACGCCUUCCGAAACAUUUCCCUGGAUGAAAUGAAGUCUUCUCCUCCAUCCUUCAGAGCUGCACCUAUCCGGGCCCAGGGCAUUGUAACCAGGGAGAAAGACCUCAGCCAGAAGCCUUCCGCCAGGCUGCUGCAGCCCAGUUCCAGUGUCCCCCUUCCUGGCUCCGCUCGCCCGUUUCAAGAAAGCCUUCAUAAGUCACUUAAAUCCCUCCCCACCUGCCAACAGCCCCUGUCAGCAUCUGCCCAGCAUACCUGUGCUGCUACCAAACAUCACACAUCUCUCAACGCACUCCAUCAUACCUGCCUAAGCAACCCUCACCUCUCUGACUCUGAGCAAUACACCCAUCCACACUUUGCUCAGCAUGCUGUCCACUACAACCGACCCAGUUCAGGACACCACACCUGUCCAGGCUUCCUGCACCAUCGGGACUCCGCCAUAUCUGUCAAACCAGAGGUGGCGGUCAAACUCUCUUCUAGAUCUAGCUCCUAUGAAAAGUCUUCUGUUUUUUCAAGGUCUGCCUCUUCUUCUAAAGCAGCGUCUCCAUUGCCAUCACCUCAUCCUUCCCCACAUCCUUCGCCGUGUCCCUCCCCGUGUCCCUCUCAUAUGAUAGCCGCUGCGCUAUCCUGUAGUCCAGACCGGCCCUGCUCUCCUGGUCUCACACACAAGAUCAUCGUAACAGACAUGGACCGACUGUCUGCAGACUGCAGGCAACAGCAGAGAGGUGCAACCCUGUCUCAGCUGUCCGACAGUGGUCAGACUCUGAGUGAGGACAGUGGUGUGGACAUAGCGGAGGCUGGAGGCCUCAGUAAGGAUGGCAGCCCGAGACCAAGCAAGAAUAAGCAGGGAAAUCUGGAACAGCAAGGGGCCCACACACCUUCCACAAGACAACAGACAAGCUCCCCCAUUUCAGCACUUAACACUCUGCUGGUGCGAGUGGUGAAAAAUGCCAACACCUUGGGCAUUGCUAUAGAGGGAGGAGCAAAUACACGUCAACCUCUGCCUCGUAUUGUGACCAUCCAGAAAGGAGGCUCAGCUCAUAACUGCGGACAGCUGAAAGUGGGGCAGGUCAUCCUGGAAGUCAACGGAGUUUCCCUCAGAGGACGGGAGCACAAAGAUGCCGCUCGUAUCAUCGCUGAGGCCUUCAAGACCAAAGACAAGGAUCACAUUGACUUCCUGGUGGCCGAGGCUGGCUUCUAGUGAAAAGACAGUCAUCAUUGAGAGCUCUCAAUGGACGCCCUCCAAUAAAUGUCUUUUUUUAAUAUCAGGGUUAUAGAUUUGCACAAGCUAAAUAAACAAAACAAUAUUAGAUUAACUUAAAUAUUAUUACUUUAGUUUUAUAACAGGAAAUGAUGUAACUCUGUAUUGUCUGUUCACCAGUAGCGCAGUUCGAGGGAAACUAUAUGUCUGAAAAGAACUUACAGUCUGCAGCAAAUGAUUCACACCAUGCUCACCCACUUGUUUUAUUUUUUACUUUGAUAUUUGACAAACAAGGCAAAUAUAACUAAAGGAGGACACAGAAAAAGAAAAAAGCAGAAAAAGAUUUAAGCUCCUAAUUUGGUGCUGGAAGACAUUCAUACAUCAUUGAUUUGAUAUAGAUUUUAGUCAAUUAGAAAAUAUUUGACAACUCUAAAUCAACAAACGUCUGCAAAUGAGAAGCUCUUGUUGACUCUGUUGAAAGAGUUUUCAGACCCCCUCAGGGUGGUUAUGUUUCACUUCAUGCUGUUUUAUAAAUGUAAGACAGAAAUCUGAGGAGCGUUAUUUAGCUCCAACUGUAAUAAACACAGACUGAGAACAUCAGGAAGGAUAAAGCUUCAGUGAACAGACAAAUAAUCAUCGUUGCAGGCUGUCGGACCCUAUAAUCACUAAUAUUAAGACACUUUUACUGAUACCAAUGAGCUGAAAUUGAUAACAUCUAUUGUGUUUUAGUAAACCUUCCAUAUUGUAGGAAACUAUUUGGUCCCUUUAAAAUGUCCUUUUUUGUGGCAAUUAAAUUUUUUAGAUCUUCAUAUAAAUUUUGUAUAUCAGACAUCUAUCCUGUAGAAACACCAAAGCUAUGAUAAUUUCCACUGUUGAGAAAUAAGCCUUCUGACCCGACGGGGACAAAGCAUAUCUCUCCCGAACGUAAGAAUGCGACAAUUGGAAGCACCACCCGCCAUCAGACAUUAGCACUGCUAGUAAAGACCUUACUUUGCAAACCAAUCUUUACCCCACUGCACAGAGCUGUUUUCAUUCAGAAACAUGAUUGUUCUGAACCAGGAACCGAUUUAUGGUCAUUACA